UACUAUUAUUGUGUGCACAGUGAUAUCAAAUUGAUUUUUUUAUUUAUUAAAAAAAAUAUAUUAAUACUUUCUAAUGGCACCUAAUAAUUGUGAUUUAGACAAACCUAAUGAUUUGAAAAUGAGAUCAUCAGUCGUCGUCAGUCAACAACAUCGGGAGUUAACCAAUGGUCGACUACCAGUGCUCUCGACGACUACCACUACUAUAGUUGAUCCACUGUUCAGGGAUUGGCUGCCGAAACUGUUGGCCGAAAAACGGCAUUUAGUAGAUGUCAUCAAAAGUGUCUACCAGUGGAAUAUUACCCGCAAUGGCCAAGUUAUAGCUAUUUGGUGUUUGGACCUAAAAUCGGGUACCGGUUCCAUAUACGAGGGUCCGGCCAAAUCAAAACCCGAUUGUACCAUAACUAUUGAUGAACAGGACUCGCUCGGGAUGUUUAACGGUAGCUUAGAUCCGGCUAAAGCGUUUGUUAGUCGCAAACUGAAAAUCAAUGGCAACCUGGCCUCGGCCCACAAGUUUCAACAAUUUUGGUCCGAGGAGGUCCAGUCGGGCAAUAUCAGGGACAUCAACGAUCGUAUGAUGCUUGCGGCUGGUAGUGGUGGCAGUGGUGGUGGGAUGUCGGCACCUAUACCUACACCGCAAUCAUCAUCGGCAUCAGCUUCGGGUGAAAGUUCGUUGCAAUCGUUACUAUCGUCCAAAGAUGACUCCGAACUGAUGGCCAGUAUACCAGUUGAUGGUCUUAAAAGUGAUAUUGUAUUCAAUACUAUGCAACAGAGACUGAUACAGGAGCCCGAACUGGUCGGUGCAUUCAAAUUUCUUAUACAAUUUAAUAUAACCAAAAAUGGCAAACCUGUGGCCGUAUGGACUGUCGACACUAAAGCACCGGGCGGUCAAGUCUAUCGCCAAUUGCCGCGCAAUGGCCAACGACCCGACGCUACCGUUACUGUUGACGAUGAAAACUAUGUGAAGAUAUUGUUUGGCAAAUUGAAUCCCCAACGUGCAUUUAUGACUGGGAAAGUUGUCUGCAAAGGCAAUAUACUGUUGCUGCAAAAGUUGGACCAAUUUUGGACACAAGUCCAGGGCCAGCGUAAAGAUCCCGAAUUGCCCAUGGUCAAAGAUAUAUUGCUCAAUCAUCCAUUAAAACCGGGACUCCGUAGCGAAGUAGUCAUCUUUGAUUUGAUUCAAAAGCUGGUCCGUCAGCCAAAUCUCAUGGCCGACGGGUGUGUCGUCAGGAUUGACAUUACCGCCGAUAAUGACCGACAGUCUCUAGAAGUGGUCUCAAAGUGGAGACUGGUAUGGGUUUCGGGUCAGCCGUUAGGUACGAUCGAGAGGGCCGAUAACGAUACGGCAGCCGCUGGCCAUCGGCUAGUUGUCGGCGACCAGGAUUUUGUUCGCCUUAACUAUAAUAUACUCAAACUUGAAGAUGGCAUAGCCUCCGGUCGGGUCCAAUAUCUCGGGGACAGUGCGGCCACUAUUGUGCCUAAACUAAGCAAACUGUUUGCAACGUCAAGAUUAGUGUCAAAGUUAUAAAAUAAUAUGUUAAUAAUUAUUAUUAUUUUUAUUAUUGUAUAAAAAAAAU